GUUGCCAUCCCUGUUCCAACCGAGGCUGUCGGGUCCGGAGAUCCUAUAAGAUCAGUGGACAGCGGUAACCUCCUCCACUCCCCCCAAAAACCUCUACAAACCCCCAGAAACUCACGUUCACCUCCACCUCACGUCGCUGCCGCCUCCGAGCUCCACUCUCAAGGUCUCCUCCUCGUCUCUCUCCACACCGCUGCUGCCACCUCCCUUCGCUUCGCCCUUGUUCUUCGCGCUUUAUUCAUCGGUGCAUUCCAUUCCGCUCCAGCUUUCUUCCUAGUCCGGUCAGUAGUACUCAGUUACUCACUCGGAGAGGUCCUCUCGCCGAGGAGUCAUUUUUCACAGAGCUCGAAAACCGUUACUAGUAUCAUCCCUCCCGGGCCGCGGCUGCUGCGUCGGUACGAACGCGGCAGAGGAGAGGACGGGGCGGGGCUUUUUACGGCUGCCGCUGCUUUGAGCUACUCGUAGCUCCUGCUCCUGCUCCUGCUCCUGCUACAUUUCUGCUCCUCUUUUUAAAGAAGUUGAAGAGGCCGUCUUUGUCGCGGCCACUCCCUUUCCCUGCGCCCGCCUGAGCGCCUGCUCGCCUCGCCUCCCUCUCGCUUCUCAUCCCGUCCCUUUGGUCUUUAUUCGCCUGCCGAUCCGCAGAGAGCUUCCUUUUCUGCUGGGGUCAGGGUUGCAGGAGCUGAAUUGGUUGGGUUUCUUGUGUCGUCUCAACGGAGUAUUCAGAAGUACAAUCUUUCCUUGUGUGGCUUGUUGUACGUGCCAUGUCGCGGUCGCGCAUGGUGAGGAUCUUCUGGGACGACCCAGACGUCACGGACUCGUCCGGCGAGGAGGGGUGCGGCGCCCGGAAGGUCGGAAGGAUGGUGCGGGAGUUACCGCCCAUGGCAGCUCCGACUGCUGCUGCUGCUAUGCCGGAGCAGUGCAACGCCGGGGACGGCGACCGCUCGAGGAGGGUUAGUGGUGGUCCUGGCGGAUGUAGCGGGGCGCGGAGAAGGCUGGCCAAGGGAGGCUCGGGCGCGCCGAGCACCAAAUACCGCGGCGUCAGGAGGCGACCGUGGGGCAAGUACGCGGCGGAGAUCCGCGACCCGUGGCGCGGCGUCCGCGUCUGGCUCGGCACCUUCGACACCGCCGAGGAGGCCGCGCGCGUGUACGACAGCGCGGCCAUCCAGCUCCGCGGGGCCAACGCCACCAUCAACUUCUCCGCCUCCGCCACCAACUCCAGCGGCGGCCAGGACCCGGCGACCGCCGGCUACGAGUCCGGCCCGGAGUCCUCGCCGGCGAUAUCGUCCCCGACGUCCGUGCUUCGCAAGGUCCCGUCCCUCUCCUCCCUCGCGGAGGACAAGGACGACUCCGACGCCGCGCCCAGCGAGCCGGCCGCCGAGUGCAGCCUUGCCGUCCUUGAGGAGCUCGGCGAGUUCGUGCCGUUUGAGGAUGCGCCGGUCUACGCCAGCAGCAGCUUCUGGGACUUCGAACCCGACGCGGGGUUCCUCUACGCCGAGCCGUCGUCUCUCGAGGCGGCGUGGGACGCCGACGCGUCCGGUGACGCGCCCUGGGCCUCGCCGGUGCAGGAGAACGACUACUAUUUCGAGGACCUGCGCGACCUCUUCCCGCUCAACCCACUUCCCGCGAUUUUCUGAACCGGAACGGCUUCGUCUACGGGAUUUUUUUUUUAAGGUCGAGUGCUGUGUUGUGUCUGUGUAGGUACUUGUACGCCUCCGUGCCUUGUUCGUGUAGCGUCGAUUGAGAAAUGUAACAUGCCGAGUACGUAGAGAGUUUUGAGGUGCUAGUACGAGUCUACUACCACGAGAAGUGUUUUUGUACCGUCCGAUUUGUUCUGCCUAUAUGCUACUAUCUCUCUUAUUGUA